CGUAACCCUUUGCUCUUUGCAGAAUGGCCCGCUUCGGGGACGACGCGCCGGGCCGCUACGGCGGAGGAGGCUCCGGGGCGGCCGCCGGGGUGGUCGCGGGCGCCGGCGGCGGGCGAGGCGCCGGGGGCAGCCGGCAGGGCGGGCAGCCCGGGGCGCAAAGGAUGUACAAGCAGUCGAUGGCGCAGCGGGCGCGGACCAUGGCACUGUACAACCCCAUCCCCGUCCGGCAGAACUGCCUCACCGUCAACCGGUCGCUCUUCCUCUUCAGCGAGGACAACGUGGUGAGAAAAUACGCCAAAAAGAUCACCGAAUGGCCUCCCUUUGAAUACAUGAUUUUAGCCACCAUCAUAGCAAACUGCAUCGUCCUCGCCUUGGAGCAACACCUACCGGAUGACGACAAAACCCCCAUGUCGGAGCGGCUGGAUGACACGGAACCAUACUUCAUUGGAAUCUUUUGUUUCGAAGCUGGGAUUAAAAUCAUCGCCCUUGGAUUCGCCUUCCACAAAGGGUCUUACUUGAGGAACGGCUGGAACGUCAUGGACUUCGUGGUGGUGCUAACGGGCAUCUUGGCGACGGUGGGGACGGAGUUCGACCUGCGGACGCUGAGGGCAGUCCGAGUGCUGCGGCCGCUCAAGCUGGUGUCUGGAAUCCCAAGUUUACAAGUCGUCCUGAAGUCGAUCAUGAAGGCAAUGAUCCCUUUGCUGCAGAUCGGCCUCCUCCUAUUUUUUGCAAUCCUUAUUUUUGCAAUCAUAGGGUUAGAAUUUUAUAUGGGAAAAUUUCAUACCACCUGCUUUGAAGAGGGGACAGAUGACAUUCAGGGUGAGUCUCCGGCUCCGUGUGGGACAGAGGAACCGGCCCGCACCUGCCCCAACGGGACCAAAUGCCAGCCCUAUUGGGAAGGGCCGAACAACGGGAUCACUCAGUUCGACAACAUCCUGUUUGCAGUGCUGACUGUUUUCCAGUGCAUCACCAUGGAAGGGUGGACCGAUCUCCUCUACAAUAGCAACGACGCCUCAGGGAACACUUGGAACUGGUUGUACUUCAUCCCCCUUAUCAUCAUCGGCUCCUUUUUUAUGCUGAACCUCGUGCUGGGUGUGCUGUCAGGGGAGUUUGCCAAAGAAAGGGAGCGAGUAGAGAAUCGACGGGCUUUUCUGAAGCUGCGGCGGCAACAACAGAUUGAACGCGAGCUCAAUGGGUACAUGGAGUGGAUCUCAAAAGCAGAAGAGGUGAUCCUCGCGGAGGACGAGACGGACGGAGAGCAGCGGCACCCGUUUGAUGUUGGAGCUCUGCGGAGAGCCACCAUAAAGAAGAGCAAGACGGACCUGCUCAGCCCUGAGGAAGCCGAGGAUCAGCUGGCCGAUAUCGCCUCCGUCGGUUCUCCCUUCGCCCGAGCCAGCAUUAAAAGUGCCAAGCUGGAGAACUCGACUUUUUUUCACAAAAAAGAGAGGAGGAUGCGUUUCUACAUCCGCCGCAUGGUCAAAACUCAGGCCUUCUACUGGACUGUGCUCAGUCUGGUAGCCCUCAACACGCUGUGUGUUGCUAUCGUCCACUACAACCAGCCCGAGUGGCUCUCCGACUUCCUUUGUGAGUACAGCCCGGCCCCGCCCCUGCCGCCGCACACACGUUGGGUUGGUAGGCGUGUGGGUUUCGGGUGGGCGCGCAAUAAACUAAAAGGGAAGCAACGAGGAGGUCACGGACCCCCCACCCCGGGUCCCUUCAGAAGUGGGAGUUGGGUCGGAUCCCCGAGAGGUUGGCGCCUAGGAAUUUUCUGCAAGUUCCGGAGACCGGGAACGCUGUCCCUGUCCCCGGACGUGAGACCAGGUCUGCCGUUCCAGGUUAUCAUCGGAAGCAUCUUCGAAGUCAUCUGGGCCGUCAUAAAACCCGGCACGUCCUUCGGCAUCAGCGUGUUACGAGCUCUCAGGUUAUUGCGUAUCUUCAAAGUCACAAAGUACUGGGCGUCUCUCCGAAACCUGGUCGUCUCUCUUCUCAACUCCAUGAAGUCCAUCAUCAGCCUGCUGUUCCUCCUCUUCUUGUUCAUCGUGGUCUUCGCCCUUUUGGGAAUGCAGCUCUUCGGUGGCCAUCGCUGGUUUAAUACUCACCGUGCCCACCUGCAGAACGGUGGGCCCUUCCCGCCCUGCAGACCCGGGGCAGGGUUGCCCGCGACCUCCCGGGCUGGGAAGACUCGGCAGGGCCCGGGGCUGAGGGGGGCGGCUGUGUGCUUCGCUCCUCCCUUUCAGAUCCUGACGGGCGAGGACUGGAACGAGGUCAUGUACGACGGGAUCAAGUCGCAGGGCGGCGUGCAGGGCGGCAUGGUGUUCUCCAUCUACUUCAUCGUGCUCACGCUCUUCGGGAACUACACCCUCCUGAACGUGUUCUUGGCCAUCGCCGUGGACAACUUGGCCAACGCGCAGGAGCUCACCAAGGAUGAACAAGAAGAAGAGGAGGCAGCCAACCAGAAGCUCGCCCUGCAGAAGGCCAAGGAGGUGGCGGAAGUGAGUCCUCUGUCUGCGGCCAACAUGUCCAUAGCUGUGAAGGAGCUGCAGAAGAACCAGAAGCCGGCCAGGUCGGUGUGGGAGCAGCGGACCAGCGAGAUGCGCAAGCAGAACCUGCUGGCCAGCCGCGAGGCGCUGCACAGCGAGAUGGACCCGGACGAGCGCUGGAAGGCCACCUAUGCGCGCCACCUGCGGCCGGACAUGAAGACGCACCUGGACCGGCCGCUGGUGGUGGACCCGCAGGAGAACCGCAACAACAACACCAACAAGAGCCGCGCGGCCGAGCCGGCGGGGGAGCCGCGCGCGGGGGGCCCCGACGCGCUCCGGGGCGCAGGCGGCCCCGCGGCCCCGACGCGCGCCAGGCCCUGGCCGGGCGCCCGGACGCGGGGCUGGGCCGCGAGGGCCCUACGCCGCGAGUCGGAGCCGCCGGGCUUCUGGAGGCCGAGGCGGAGCGCGGCAAGGCGGCGCGAGCCGCACCGGCGCCACGCGCACCGCCCGGGCGCCGGCAGGGACAGCCGCGCGUGGUCCCCGCGCGCGGCGCCGACGGCGAGCCCGGCGGCACGCGCGCACCGCAGGCCCGGCGACGGCCCCGACGACAGGGCGGACGGGCCGGCACCGCGAGGCGCGGCCGGUGGGCGGCGAGGGGGCGACGGCCCCGACGGCGGCGAGCGCAGGCGGCGGCACCGGCACGGCGCGUACGACGCGGACGCGCGGAGGGACGACAAGGAGCGCAGGCACCGGCGGAGAAAAGAGAACCAGGGCUCCGGGGUCCCCGUGUCGGGCCCCAACCUGUCCACCACCCGGCCGAUCCAGCAGGACUUGGGCCGCCAGGAACCCCCGCCGCUGGCCGAGGACAUUGACAACAUGAAGAACAACAAGCUGGCCACCGCGGAGUCCGCCGGCCCCGGCCACGCCGGCCCGCCCCAGAGCCCGGCCAAGAUGGGGAACAGCACGGCCCCCGGCCCCCCGCCGGCCCUGCCCGCCGCGGCCGCCAGCCGCCGGACCCCCAACAACCCGGGGAACCCGUCCAACCCCGGCCCCCCCAAGACCCCCGAGAACAGCCUUAUUGUCACCAACCCCAGCAGCGCCCAGACCAACUCAGCUAAGACUGCCAGGAAGCCCGACCACACCGCGGUGGACAUCCCCCCCGCCUGCCCGCCCCCCCUCAACCACACCGUCGUCCAAGUGAACAAAAACGCCAACCCAGACCCACUGCCAAAGAAAGAGGAAGAGAAGAAGGAGGAGGAGGAGGAUGACCCCGGGGAGGACGGCCCUAAGCCCAUGCCCCCCUACAGCUCCAUGUUUAUCCUGUCCACGACCAACCCCCUGCGCCGCCUGUGCCACUACAUCCUGAACCUGCGCUACUUCGAGAUGUGCAUCCUCAUGGUCAUCGCCAUGAGCAGCAUCGCGCUGGCCGCCGAGGACCCCGUGCAGCCCAACGCGCCAAGGAACAACGUGCUGCGAUAUUUUGACUACGUUUUCACGGGCGUCUUCACCUUUGAGAUGGUGAUCAAGAUGAUCGACCUGGGGCUCGUCCUGCACCAGGGUGCCUACUUCCGCGACCUCUGGAACAUUCUGGACUUCAUAGUGGUCAGUGGGGCCUUGGUGGCCUUUGCCUUCACCGGCAAUAGCAAAGGAAAGGACAUCAACACGAUCAAAUCCCUCCGAGUCCUCCGGGUGCUACGGCCUCUUAAAACCAUCAAGCGGUUGCCAAAGCUCAAGGCCGUGUUCGACUGCGUGGUGAACUCGCUCAAAAACGUCUUCAACAUCCUCAUCGUCUACAUGCUCUUCAUGUUCAUCUUCGCCGUGGUGGCCGUGCAGCUCUUCAAGGGCAAGUUCUUCCACUGCACGGACGAGUCCAAGGAGUUCGAGAAGGACUGCCGCGGCAAGUACCUCCUGUACGAGAAGAACGAGGUGAAGGCUCGGGACCGAGAGUGGAAGAAGUACGAGUUCCACUACGACAACGUGCUGUGGGCCCUGCUCACGCUCUUCACCGUGUCCACGGGCGAAGGCUGGCCGCAGGUGCUCAAGCACUCGGUGGACGCCACCUUCGAGAACCAGGGCCCCAGCCCCGGGUACCGCAUGGAGAUGUCCAUCUUCUACGUCGUCUACUUUGUGGUGUUCCCCUUCUUCUUCGUCAACAUAUUCGUGGCCUUGAUCAUCAUCACCUUCCAGGAGCAAGGGGACAAGAUGAUGGAGGACUACAGCCUGGAGAAAAACGAGAGGGCCUGCAUCGACUUCGCCAUCAGCGCCAAGCCGCUGACGCGGCACAUGCCCCAGGACAGGCAGAGCUUCCAGCUACCGCGCAGUGGGCAAGUUUGUGGUGCGCCGGGCCGCUUUGAGUGACACGCAUCAUGGCGCGCUAGAUCGCCCGUCAACACGCAUUCUUUCUACGGGGCCUCGCUGGCUUACGAAAACGCCCUGAGGGUGUUCAACAUCGUGUUCACCUCCCUCUUCUCUCUGGAGUGCGUGCUGAAGGUCAUGGCUUUCGGCAUUCUGAACUAUUUCCGAGAUGCCUGGAACAUCUUCGACUUUGUGACAGUUCUGGGCAGCAUCACUGACAUCCUCGUGACGGAGUUUGGGAAUCCGAAUAACUUCAUCAACCUGAGCUUUCUCCGCCUCUUCCGAGCUGCCCGGCUCAUCAAACUCCUCCGCCAGGGUUACACCAUUCGCAUUCUCCUCUGGACCUUCGUGCAGUCCUUCAAGGCCCUGCCGUACGUCUGUCUGCUGAUUGCCAUGCUGUUCUUCAUCUACGCCAUCAUCGGGAUGCAGGUGUUUGGCAACAUCGGCAUCGACGUGGAGGACGAGGACAGUGACGAAGAUGAGUUCCAAAUCACUGAGCACAAUAACUUCCGGACCUUCUUCCAGGCCCUCAUGCUUCUCUUCCGGAGUGCCACCGGAGAAGCCUGGCACAACAUCAUGCUUUCCUGCCUCAGUGGGAAGCCAUGUGAUAAGAACUCUGGCAUCCUGACUCGGGAGUGUGGCAAUGAAUUUGCCUAUUUUUACUUCGUUUCCUUCAUCUUCCUCUGCUCAUUUCUGAUGCUGAACCUCUUUGUCGCCGUCAUCAUGGACAAUUUCGAGUACCUCACCCGAGACUCCUCCAUCCUGGGCCCCCACCACCUGGACGAGUACGUGCGUGUCUGGGCCGAGUAUGACCCCGCGGCUUGGGGCCGCAUGCCUUACCCGGACAUGUAUCAGAUGCUGAGACACAUGUCUCCGCCCCUGGGUCUGGGGAAGAAGUGUCCGGCCAGAGUGGCUUACAAGAGGCUCCUGCGGAUGGACCUGCCUGUUGCAGACGACAACACCGUCCACUUCAACUCCACCCUCAUGGCUCUGAUCCGCACGGCCCUGGACAUCAAGAUAGCCAAGGGCGGGGCGGACAAGCAGCAGAUGGACGCCGAGCUCCGGAAAGAGAUGAUGGCCAUUUGGCCCAACCUGUCCCAGAAGACCCUGGACCUGCUGGUCACACCUCACAAGUCCACCGACCUCACCGUGGGCAAGAUCUACGCGGCCAUGAUGAUCAUGGAGUACUACCGGCAGAGCAAGGCCAAGAAGCUGCAGGCCAUGCGCGAGGAACAGGACCGGACCCCACUCAUGUUCCAGCGCAUGGAGCCCCCGUCCCCGACGCAGGAGGGGGUGCCCGGCCAGAACGCCCUCCCCUCCACCCAGCUGGACCCGGCAGGCGGCCUGAUGGCUCCCGAGAGUGGCGUCAAGGAGAGCCCGUCCUGGGUGACCCAGCGAGCCCAGGAGAUGUUCCAGAAGACGGGCACCUGGAGCCCGGGGCGGGGGCCCCCCGCCGACAUGCCCAGCACCCAGCCCAACUCUUCAUCCGUGGAGAUGCAGGAGAUGGGCCGAGACGGCUACUCGGACAGCGAGCGCUACCUCCCCAUGGAAGGCCAGGCCCGGGCGGCCUCCAUGCCCCGCCUCCCCGCCGAGAACCAGAGGAGGAGGGGCCGGCCACGCGGGAAUAACCUCAGUACCAUCUCAGACACCAGCCCCAUGAAGCGCUCUGCCUCCGUGCUGGGCCCCAAGGCCCGGCGCCUGGACGACUACUCGCUGGAGCGGGUCCCGCCCGAGGAGAACCAGCGGCACCACCCGCGGCGCCGCGACCGCGGCCACCGGGCCUCCGAGCGCUCCCUGGGCCGCUACACGGACGUGGACACAGGGCUGGGGACAGACCUCAGCAUGACCACCCAGUCGGGGGACCUGCCGCCGAAGGAGCGCGACCAGGAGCGGGGCCGGCCCAAGGACAGGAAGCACCGGCCGCACCACCACCACCACCACCACCACCACCCCCCGCCCCCCGACAAGGAGCGCUACGCCCCGGAGCGGCCCGACCACGGCCGCGCGCGGCCCAGGGACCAGCGCUGGUCGCGCUCGCCCAGCGAGGGCCGGGAGCACGUGGCGCACAGGCAGGGCAGUAGUUCCGUAAGUGGAAGCCCAGCCCCCUCAACGUCUGGUACCAGCACUCCGCGGCGGGGACGCCGCCAGCUCCCCCAGACCCCGUCCACCCCCCGGCCGCACGUGUCCUAUUCCCCCGUGAUCCGUAAGGCCGGCGGCCCGGGCGCCCCGCAGCAGCAGCAGGCGGCGGCCAGCCGGGCCGGGCGGCCCCGGCGGCCCGCGGAGGUACCCGGGCGCCGCGGCCGGCCAGAGGCCGGGAGCGGCGCCCGCGGGGGCCACGGCAGCAGCCGCUCGCCCGGGAUGGAGCGGCGGGCCCCCGGCCCGGCCCGGAGCGAGUCCCCCAGGGCCUGUCGCCACGGCGGGGCCCGCUGGCCGGCAUCCGGCCCGCACGCGUCCGAGGGGCCCCCGGGGCCCUGGCACCACGGCUACUACCGCGGCUCCGACUACGACGAGGCCGACGGCCGGGCCGGCGCGGGCGGCGAGGAGGCCGCGCCCGGGGCCUACGACGCGCCGCCCCCCGCGCGACACACGUCCUCGGGCGCCACCGGGCGCUCGCCCAGGACUCCCCGGGCCUCGGGCCCGGCCUGCGCCUCGCCUUCCCGGCACGGCCGGCGGCUCCCCAACGGCUACUACCCGGCGCACGGACUGGCCAGGCCCCGCGGGCCCGGGCCCCGGAAGGGCCUGCACGAACCCUACAGCGAGAGCGACGACGACUGGUGCUAAGCCCGGCGCGGUGGCCGCCCGGCCCCCACGCACCCCGCGCACCCCCGCCCGGAGGAGCCGGCACGCCGGCGGGGACACCCGACUCUGGAGGGGCCGGGCCUGGGCCGCGAAGCCGCCCCACGAAGCCCCCCGCCGGAGAAGCCCCUCCUGGGCGGCGACAGCGCCCGCGGCCCAGCCCCGUCCCCGCCCGCCCGCCCGCCCGCGACAGGGCUCUCGGGUGGGGGCAGAGGGCAGACAAAUCACACCGCCAAGGGAUUUGAAUUAACUCAGCCAUUUUUGGAGAACUUUGGGGUACAUGAAAAAAAAAACACACAAACACACACAAAAAAAACAUUUUUAAAAGAAAAAAAAUGGGGAGAAAAAAAUAGCUUCUAUUGAUGAGUUUUAUCAUCUCAAUUGAAUCUUUCCUGUCCCUGGUGAACUCGAGCUGGUGGCCACGUGCGGCGAAAAGCCGGCAGGAAGCGGGACCCCAGCGCCCCCGACCGACCGACCGACCGACGGCCAGACACACUCGCAUCCACACACGUUCUCAGACACGCCCGGGAGUGCUUGCUGGUUAUACCAAACCCUACUAUUACUGCCUGCAGAAAAUCAAUUUAAAAAGAAUAAUAAUAAUAAUAAACGAUUUUAAAAAGGACAAAAAAAUUAAUGAUCGAGAAAAGAGGCAUUUUUUUCUGACAUUUGGUCCUGCUUGAAGUAACAGAAGAAGAAGAAGACAAAAAAAAAAAAAAACACCACCGCCACCACCACCACCAAAUUCCUCUGCUUCCUUUUUCCUUUUUUCCUACCUUGUUUGAAAACCGUGGGCUUGGGACUGUGAAUUAUUGCAUGACAUUAAAAAUGAAAAAAAAAAUAAUAAAAAAAAAAAACAUUGAAUCAAAGGG